AUGGAGUCCACGUCCUACACAGCCGACGCUCUCCCAGCAUCGCCGCUACUCCGUCUUCCUUUCGAGAUCCGUCUCAUGAUAUACGAGUACCUACUCCUACCAUCGACGACGCCCACGACCGGAAAUGGAACCUCAGUCGCGAACCUGAUUCCCGACUUCCACACCUACCUCUCCGAAGAUACGAACAAUGACCCGUGUACUUUGAGCGUACGCACUAUGGAUCCAUGGUUGGGAGUGCAAGGUCCAAGGACAUGGAGACGGCGGAGUACAUACCAUAUUAGAACCGGGCCCUUUCUAACGACCACAACACCAACAACGUACCGCGUCCUCCUCUCCCCCUACACAUCGCACCUCCGCCACACCGUUCCCUCCCUGCUAUCUCUAAACCACCAAAUCCACGCCGAAGCAAGCAAAAUCCUCUACUCGACCUACACAUUCUCCUUCCACACCAGCAUUGAAGCUGCAGUACCCUUCCUUUCCGACCUUACCCCCCGAAGCCGUGCCGCUCUACGUCAUCUCAGCGUGACGAAGAAACCGCUGCCAUAUAGCAAAGAGUUUGACCGCGCGGAAUGGGCAAGUCUAUGCGACUACCUUGCUACACCGCCGCAGUCUGCUCUCGACGGAACCGAGAUUCCUGCGCCUAUUUCUCUGCGCAGCCUUACUCUGAACGUCAUAUCUGGCAAGCCUGAUCACGGCUGGGAUUCCAUUACGCCCAUCUUACCCAGCGACUUUGACACCAUGCUGCGUAUGAAGAACGAGUGGCUUGGUGGUCCGCUUGGUGGUGGUGAUUUUGGGGGCAUGGAUUUAGAAUGGGCGGAACAGGUUAUGGCGAUUAAGGGACUGGAGAGCAUUAACGUGAAGGCGAUGGUAGAGAGGGAGCGUAUAAACGACCGUAUACGAUUGCAAGAAGAUCAGGAUGUCGCCUCUGUACAACAGUACGAAUACCAGGAUGUCAGCGUAGCGAGCGAGUGCUCCAGCGUUUCUAUACAAGAACACGAAUACCAGAAUUCCAGUGUAGCGAACGAGAACUCGGUCGAUUCUGCGCAACAACACAAAAAUAAAGAUGUCCGAACAACCCUAGUGUCUGUCCACAAGGCAGAAGUGCCUGGAGGGCGACCCGUGACAAUUGUGCGCAGAGUCGGCAAGUGGCCCUGCACUCUACUCGUGCUCAGCGUUAUUGGAACUGCGGCAUUCAUCAUUUACAUUACUUUUCUCUGGUUCACCGCAAGUGGCAACAAGAAUUGGAAAGACAUCGCUCUGUCCGGUUGGAUGACGAGAUCUGUCGCCAUUGCGGCUGUUGUGCUUCGAACAUCAACUACUGUGCAAGCCGGCCUCGCGUCAUCCAUGCUUGCCGCCGUUGCGCUUGAAAGUACUACCGGAGUUGCCCUGCAAGAUCUAGCACCUCUGUCUUUGAUGCGCGCGUCUUCGGCGGCGCCAUAUGCUCUAUUAGCAUAUCCGAGGCUCGGUCGCAACGGACCAACUUGGGUUCUUCUUGUAUGGGCCGCCAUCAUAUCGAUCACAACUGUUCUGCUUCAGUUCACGUCAACAAUUCUGCUGGCCGACGUGAACGCGGGCUACAUUCCGAGUGAUCUUUCUCCGUACGCAUACGUACUUCCUGAGUUGUUGUUCAGGGGAAGUCUGACUGCCAACUGGCGAAGCGCUCCACGCCCGUGGCCAAUAUUUGCCGAAUAUACGGGAAAUGGCUCGGCUGAUGGAUCACUAGGCUACUCAGACACAGGCUCCAUGAUGAGAGCGCUUUUGCCGUUUAGUGAUACUCGAUCUCGGUCAUUCAUCCAUACCUACGAAGGUCCAGCCCCCGUUGUCGAUGCGCGCACGAUUUGUAUCAGACCAAAUAUCACAAAUACUCGAAUACUACCCAACAAUACCGCCCCUCUUUACGAUCUCAAAAUCCAUGGGAACAUCUCGGUCCCAGAUGGCCUUCUACCAGUUCUCUUGGCCGAGACUCCCUUCGCGGACUUCGAGCCAACAGCAUUCGCAUGUGAGCCAUCAUGGAACUUCAUAAGAGAUUAUGGUCAGGACAAAGUUGCAGGUCGAACCUCUGCCUGGGAUUUAACUGUUUGCGACUUCGGACCGUCCGCUCAGGCGAAGCUACAAGCCAACUUCUGGAAGAACUUUUCCAGCCCAAUCACUCCCUUUCUCUUAAUCAACUAUACUGGCUAUGUCGAUCAACAAGUCCAAAACAAGACGAAAUUUCCGCCCUUAAAACUUGCGAACUUCAAUGAUACAACUCCGGGAUUGCGUUAUCAUAAUAGAAACGAAUGGCUCGACCUCAAACAAGACGCGGAUAUUUUGGACCGGUCGGAUGGUAACAACUUUGCAGACACGAAGCUAAGCUUCAGUCUCUGUCUCCCAACAUUCCACGCCUACGUAUUCAACAUAUCAGCAAGUUCUCAGGCACCUCUAGAAGAGCCGACGUUCUUUUACGACGCAGAGCGCAGUCAAUUUCGCUACGAUAACAUACGGAAGCAGCUUGUUUCAUCAUCGACGCUUUCUCUACAAGAGCGAAACGUCUUGUCCUUGCACCCACAGUCUUGGCUACUGUUCAACAACAUGACCAACCAAGAUUAUCCUUUUGGGAACAUCGAUACCAUGAUAACCCUCACCGGUUCCAAUCAGAUCUUUGUGCCUGGACAAGAACAUCCAACAGUACAUUUGAUGGAUGAUGCCAAAGAACUAACCCCUCGAGCGGAUAGAAAUAUCGAAGGGCUUGGGUUGGAGAUCUUACAAGAGGGUGGGACCCCAGCUGAAGCAAUGCAAAGCAUACUAAUGAGCGUUGUACUUGCAGACUACCAGUCUUACGUCUUCACUGAAGUUCCCGACGGCACGCCGAACAGUACAGUCACAUUACGUGGUGACUUCGUCACAGCGCAAGUGCCCGGAGGUAAUGGACGACCUGCAACCAACCCUGCCGGAGCGACACGAUCAUACGUCAUAGUCAUGAUCGCCACAGCUGUACACAGCGUCGCCGUGUUCUUAGUUUUCAUGCUAUUCAUCAGAAGCACCAAAAACACGCUGAUUUGGGAAAGUUGGCACACCAUCGCCCAAAGCAUGAGCGCAGUUACCGAGCCUUAUCUCAGCCAGGCAGGCCUGGCCACCGACUCCGAAGUCAAGAAGCAAAUGAAGACUGACGGUACUUCUAAUCAAGCUGUUUCGGUUAAAACGGAUGAAAGCGGAGCCAGAGCUGAAGUUGGCGUUGUUAGACAAAGGGUAAAGAGUAGCAGAGUACAAAAGGAUUCACAAAGUGAUCUUUUGAUGGAGGAGCUCAGGCCUGCGAGGUCUGCAAGGCAUGUGGAACGGUGGAACGAUAGAGACACAAUCAACAAUUAG